UUCAAUUGUGAUUUGUGAAUAUGGUGUGGCUACCCAAUCCAUAUUGAGGAAAGAGGGAAGUUAAACAUCAUGAAGGAAUUUGAUGAAAAGACAAUCUGGACUAGUGAUCUUAUUCCACUUAUGGCAUCCUAUCAUAAAGGAAAGUUACAACAUUCGUUAUGGACCGCAGAAGUUAUAAAUUCCAACCUUAAAUCAGGGGAUUCUUUUCUUCCUGAUGCUAUAUUGUCUAAGAAGUUCUUUUUUCGAAGAAUAUGGCAAGGGAAAGGGGCACAAGCAGCUGCAAGUGAGGUUUUUUUGGCAACAGAUAGUGAUGCCACUCAUGUUAUUUCCUUCCUUCUUCAAGAACAGAAGAAGUUGCAAGCAGUGAGGCUUCAGUGUGUUGAAAUGGAUAAUGAUAUUCUUUAUGAUAUUACUAAUGCAUUCUCUAUGUAA